UUCCCGAAAAUUAUCCGUUUCGUGCAGUUGAAAAUAAGGAAAAAUCGGUUUAGCCCACACAGGAAUCGAACAAAGGAUAUAUAUUCCGAGCAGCAGCCCUUUCGAUCCACGGUUUUUGCCUUGUUAACAGCCAACACCCCUCCCUCCACCCCAGCAACACCUACACACUUCUCAAAAGCCAAAGAACAACAAAAUAAAUUUACGACGCAAAACCCAAACAAUCGACACCAACGCACCAGCUGUUUGGCUGUCGAUCGGUGUUAUCGAUUGCCCGUAUGACCAACCGUGAAUGCGAAGAAGAAGCAGCAGCAAGACUUGAGCACCACAAAACUUGAAAAGUUACAGGCACUUAAAGCCGGGGUCUAGUCGGGCCGAAAAAUGUCUGUGAGACUGCUGACCGUGCGACUGAUCAAACAUGGUCGCUACAUUUUGCGCAGCUAUUGUAAACGUGAUAUACACGCCAACAUUUUGGACCAAAAUCAAUUGAAAACAAGAAGCAAGCGAGGCUUUCCCCUACCCUCCACCGCCGCCCAUGUGUUGCGGACAACGCCCCAGCAGGCGGCCAAAUCGGUGGUCAAUGUAGUGCCCCGCACUUCCACUCCCUCAACGGGAUCGCCACUAAAUGGCAGCAGCAGCCCAUCCUCCAGUGGACUCUUUCGCGUGGGCCAACAUGCCCGCAAGCUCUUCAUUGACAACAUCCUCAGCCGGGUGACCACCACCUACUCCGAGGAUCUGCGCCAGCGGGCCACCCGCAAACUCUUCUUCGGCGACUCGGCUCCCUUCUUUGCCUUGAUCGGUGUGAGCCUGGCCUCCGGAUCGGGUGUCCUCAGCAAGGAGGAUGAACUGGAGGGCGUGUGUUGGGAAAUUCGGGAGGCGGCUGGCCGGCUGCAGCGAGCCUGGAACCAGGACGAGAUCUCCGAGACGCUGGACAGCAAGUUCAGCAUUGAUGACUUGGAAAUAGGGCCGCCCAUUGCCAAAGGUUGUGCAGCUGUAGUCUAUGCAGCGGGCUUUAAGAAGGACCUUAAUGGUGGUGCCACAGAGGAGUCAUUGUCCAUGGGUGCAGAAGUGCCAACACCAGCAGCAAUUCCAGCCUUUGCUCCAAAUAGCUGGAGUGCCCACGAGAUGAUGUCGCCGCUGCAGAACAUGUCGCGUUUUGUCCACAACUUUGGCGGCUCUGUGGAUAAUAUCUUUCAAUACAGCCAGCCCUCGGCGGCCAGUGACUUUGUGGGCGCCCAGGAGCGGGAGCAGGAGCAGCAGCCGGAGCCAAGGAGCAGUGCCUUAAACGUGAACACCCCUGCGAAUUCAAAGAUCGACAGCUAUCCGCUGGCCCUCAAAAUGAUGUUCAACUACGACAUCCAGAGCAACGCCUUGUCCAUUCUGCGUGCCAUGUAUAAGGAGACGGUGCCCGCGCGACAGCGUGGCAUGAACGAGGCCUCCGACGAGUGGGAACGCCUGCUGCAGAACCAAACGGUCCAACUGCCGCCGCAUCCCAAUAUUGUCUGCAUGUUUGGCUUCUUUUGCGACGAGGUGCGCAACUUUCCCGAUGGCCAUCUACUUUAUCCGGUGGCCCAGCCGCAGAGGAUCAAUCCGCAGGGCUAUGGCCGCAAUAUGUCGCUGUAUCUGCUGAUGAAACGCUAUGAUCACAGCCUGCGGGGACUGCUGGACAACCAGGAGCUGAGCACACGCACCCGUAUCCUGCUGCUGGCCCAAAUGCUCGAGGCUGUCAACCAUUUGAGCCGUCACGGCGUGGCCCAUCGUGAUCUCAAGUCGGACAAUGUACUGAUCGAGCUGCAGGACGAUACCUCGCCGGUGCUGGUGCUCUCGGAUUUCGGGUGCUGCCUGGCGGACAAGGUGCACGGCCUGCGGCUGCCGUAUGUCUCGCACGACGUGGACAAGGGCGGCAAUGCGGCACUGAUGGCGCCAGAGAUCUUCAACACAAUGCCCGGACCGUUCGCGGUGCUUAACUAUGGAAAAGCGGACCUUUGGGCCUGCGGUGCAUUGGCCUACGAGAUCUUUGGCAGCCACAAUCCAUUCUAUUCGAGCAGCGGUGGGCUGGCACGCGAACGUGGAGAGCUGACGCUUUCGCUGAGGAACAGCGACUACCGGCAGGAGCAGCUGCCACCGAUGAGCGAUGCCUGCCCGCCGCUGCUGCAACAGCUGGUGUACAACAUCCUCAAUCCCAACCCGUCCAAGCGGGUCAGUCCGGAUAUUGCGGCGAAUGUGGUGCAGCUGUUCCUCUGGGCCCCCUCCAAUUGGCUGAAGGCGGGCGGCAUGCCCAACAGUUCCGAGAUCCUCCAGUGGCUGCUCUCGCUGACCACCAAGAUAAUGUGCGAGGGUCGCCCCUCGGCACUGGGUGCCGGAUUGAUGCCAGUGGCGGCCAGCGGAAGGCGCGCCUAUGUGGAGUACCUGCUCAUCUGUAGCUUUUUGGCACGCGCCCGCCUGCGUCGCAUUCGUGGAGCACUCAACUGGAUCCAGAAUGUGGUGGCGUAGGAUCUACGUCUACUUGUUACUUUGAGAAAAUCAAAUGGAAAAGCGUGUGAUACCUAUAUUUUACAUAUGUAUUUAUAAAACAAAUCAAAAUUAA